AUGUAUUGUGAUAAAACUUUUGAGAUGAUUAGAGAUGUGAGACGACAUUCACCGGAAAUAGUUCGAUGUAAAAUAUGUAAAAUAGUUUUUGGAUGUAAAAGUACUUUAAAAGUUCAUGUACUUGGACACAGUACGUUUGAGUGUAACGUAUGUGGCAAAACGUGUCAAAGUGUACGAGCAUUUAAACUUCAUUUGAGAACUCACGACAAACGUUAUUUAUGUACAUAUUGUGGAAAACCGUUUGCUGAUAGUAAUAAUUAUAUUGUUCAUGUACGAACGCAUACAGGAGAAAAACCAUAUCAAUGCACUCAAUGUGAUGCAAGGUUUAAUUGUAGUACUGGGUUACAAAGACAUUCUGCAAAGCAUUCUAACGUAAGAAAUUUUGAAUGUGAUGUUUGUAAAAAUAAAUUUAAAAGCAAAGCUCAACUAGGAAAUCAUAGACGUAUUCAGCAUGUAGAUGGGAAAACCUAUUCUUGUGAAAUUUGUAACAAACAGUUUAAAAGAAAAGACACUUUACGUGAACAUCAGAAGAUUCAUACAGGCGAACGAAAUUGUAUUUGCACAUACUGUAAUAAAGCAUUUUUUAAACCUUAUAAAUUAAAAAUGCAUUUACGAACGCAUACAGGGGAAAAACCUUUUUCUUGUACUAAAUGUGGAAAAAUGUUUAAUCAGAAAUUUAUACUUAACAGUCAUAUGAAAACUCAUUCAGAAGUGCUUAAAUAACUUUAAUAUGUAUAUAUCUUUAAAAUUUCCUUUAUGAUUAUAUCUGGAAAGUAUAAAUACAAUAGAGAUUCCAUGUAGAUACGCCUGAAGUCAAUUAAAGACAGGAGAUGCAACUAAAGGGCGAAUUCAAUUAAUUAAAUGAAAAUAGUGUUGUAUCAAGAGAAUCGGUGAUUCAUUUCCUCAGGAAUUUUUGGAUAAUCCCUGGUGGAAAUAUUUUCUGCCAAAAGUCCAAUUUAGCCUUGUAGUGUUCUGAAAAACAAUAAUAGAAGAAUUUGAGUAAGUCUAAAAAUUUCUGAAACAUUCUGAAAAGUAUGAAAAG